CCGAUGAAGCCGCUACCGGUCUCCAUAGCGACGAGACCCCGGAAAUACACACCGUGAUCAGCUUACUGCUUGUUUAUCGGACAGAAACAAAUUCAUAUCCGUGGUGUUUUCUUUCUGUCUUUUUUUUUUUGAGCGUGUAAAUAUGUCGGAGCUUGAGGUUGAAGCGCAACGGGAACCGAGAGACAGCAGCAAGAAGAAGAAAAAUAAAAAGAAAGAGAAGCGAAGGGUAAGUGAGGAGGACGAGGAGGAGGAAGAGGAGCGGAAACAAGAGGAAGAAAAAGGUGAGAGUGUGUUGAUGCGAGGGAUCUUCAAAGUGGGGAAAAAGAGCCACGAUGUCCUGCUCACGCACACCAGGCUGACAUGGACCCCCAUCGUACCAGAGAGUCCCACAGGGGAAGAGAGUGUGCCGCAGGCAGGCGAGGUGCUGCUGCAGGACGUUUUCGCAGUGAAGGUGAAGAGGAGGCGAAUGGCGGGCCAGCAGUCGGGCGGAGCUGUGCUCGGCCUCGCUCUCUUCCACAGCAGGAGGAGAGGACGGAGGCUGGAGGAGGACACGCUGCACCUCCACAACGCCUCCGCAGAACACACACACUCCUGGUAUAACACUCUGAAAGAACUGCUCACAGGGUUCAGCAGCCGGCCCAGGUAUGUGAAGGUGUUUAUCAACCCGAGCAGCCACAAGAAGGAGGCCGUUCACAUCUACAGAGACCAUGUGGCUCCUCUUUUUAAGAUGGCCGACGUCCGCACUGACAUCACAGUAACUGAUAGGAAGGGUCAUGCUCUCUCAGUGAUGAAGGAAUGCAAACUGGAUGAAUACGAUGGGGUGGUGUGUGUCGGUGGGGACGGAUCGGUGGCAGAGCUGUGCCAUGCUUUGGUUCUCCGAGCUCAGCUAGAUGCAAAUUCUCCAGAAAACCCAGUGAGAGCAGCUCUGCCGCUGGGGAUCAUUCCUGCUGGUUCUACAGAUGUGGUUUCCUGUUCAGUCCAUGGAGUCAGAGAUCCAGUCACAGCAGCUCUCCACGUUGUUCUAGGUCACCUGCAGCAGGUGGACAUGUGCAGCUUCUCGUCCAGCAGUCAGCUGGUGCAUUUCGGGUUCUCUGCCAUGUUUGGUUUUGGCGGCCGGAGCUUAGCGAGGGCAGAAAAGAAGAGGUGGAUGUCAUCGUCACGGCGACGAGAAUAUGCCGUGGUGAAGACCUUGGCCAGGCUGAGGCCAGAGGACUGCCAGCUGUCAUUUCUACCUGCAAAAAGCUCAGAAAGAAGUUUGUUUGGACAACAAGAACAGGGCAAAGACAAAGAACUGGACACGGAGUCAGAGGAGUCUUGGAUGACCAAUCAGGGUUUGUAUCUCAGCAUCAGCGUCAUGUCUAUCCCCUGUCUGAGCCCACACGCGCCUCAGGGAUUGGCUCCAAACACCAGUUUAGACAAUGGCAGCGCCUCACUGAUCGCAGUAGGUAAUGCUUCCAGAUCAGAGUUCAUCAAGCACCUCAAGAAGUACAGCAGCUCUAGUGGACAGUUUAGCUUCCCCUUCGUGGAGACGCACUCCGUGUCGGCGGUGAGGAUUCGACCCCGAUCACUGAUUGGCUGGUCUGAGGAGGAGAGCGAAGACGAGGGAGACUCCAAAAAUACACCCAUCAUCCAAUCAGAACGAGCCGCUCUGCCCUGGAACAUCGACGGAGAGCUGGUGGAGAUCGCCAAUGAAGUGCUCAUCAGGUGGGACUGGCUGUGUUUCAGGAGUAAAACCCAAAUCACUAGUGAUUCCAUGGAUUUAUUUGAGAAACGCUGUUAUGUCAAAUGAGGUCAGUUCACCCAAAGCACCGUCUUUUUCUUCGUGUGAGUAUAGAAAGGUUCUUUAAAUGCAUCUGCUUCAGCAAAAAAACUUUCACUCACACCAUAAAACAAUCAACCACGACUAAAGCUGGCCAGUUUUAAGUAAUUCUGAAUGUAAAGCAGCUUCCCUGUUGGCACCCUUGAUAAAGAUUUGUAAAAAGACGAAAAAAGAAUCAACUCGGGCAAAACAUUUGACUGUUUAUUUCCUCACUUUUGAUAUAAUUUCUCUAAAUCUGCUAGAUGAAGUCAGUUUGUAUUAAGUCUCCCUUCCAACAUCUAUAAAGAGGUUCCACAAGGUGCUGAGUUGGGUUCCUGGGUAGCCAUGCACAUGUGUUUAUGUGCUGAGGAGACACAGUCAGACAUGCUGUUUCUCUUCCUUUAUUGCCUUUUGGAGUAAUCACUCUUUUCUAAAGUCUUUUAUCCUCAAGCACCCAUAUUAGUACUCUUCAUCCGUUUAAGGUCAAAUAAAAAUAAAAAAAUCCUGUCAUAAAUAUGAGCAGCUUUCCACUCAGUUACGCUCUCUUGUGCUUGCAGACACACUAUCUUGGGUUGUGGUUGCCACUGAAUAUACAUUAUUAAUUGGUACUGGGUUCUUUUAAGUGGCAUUGUUGCUGUUGUGUUAUUUGUCACUGUGUUUCUCAGUUGCCUUUUUUCUCUUUCUUUCUUCUCCAUUGCUUUUCCAUCUUGUGUAUUUUGAUUUAAAUGAAACCACUGCAAUUUCUAAUAAUGUUUUUUUUUUUAAGUAAAGAACAGAGAAAACUGUAGUGCUCCAUUUGUAAAAGUACAUUUG